GAAUUGCAGGAGGAACCACGUAUCCGUGCAUAUCGCAAGCGCACGCUCAGCAUUUCGUGCAGGGCGUGAUAUAUACUGCGGAACAGGGGCCCUCCGUGCACCAUAUGAGAGGCGAGCGCGGGCAGAAACGCGGCGCUCCUCAUAAGCGUCUCGCGUGCAGUGCCUGCUCUGCCGCGUCAUGGUUCAGAGGCGAAGACGGCGGCUCGCGCCAGCGCUCUCCUCUUCCAUUAUUUCGGACUACGCGGCGUUGCUUCCUCCAACGUCAUUGUCGGCGACGGCCGGCGCUUCCUCCACGCACCGUGGCAGGGCCGAAGGUGAUUCUGCUGCGUUUACAGGAAGCCGUUUGGCUUAGCUCCCGCGAGUAUUACGCACUCUCCGCGGCUUGGGGAGAGGGAAACAACUGCCGCGCAGACCCGUACACGCCGGUUCGCAUGCAUACGCUAGAAACCGCGGUGCCGUUCGCCAACAUGUCGUUCCUUUUUUUUUUUUUUUUGCCGGGCAGUAUUACGCCCCUUUCUCAUGCGCGAAGGAAGCUCGCGCGCAAGUGUGUGUACCGGCGCGAGAAACACUGCUCCGCCAUCGGGUUUUCUAGUUGCCUGUGCAAACCGCCGCUCGGUUUUCGAAGAAUAGUGCGCGGGGGAAAACGGAGACGGUCGAAACCAGGUCGCGGCACGCCGUCGACAGGCAUGACCGUCGGCCUGUUUGUUGCUAAACCGGGAAAGCACCUGUACUUCCACGUGUAACUGUGAAGGCGACGAAAGGGGGUGAUUGAGAUCUUCUGCCAUUUCGACAUUAUGGCUAACGGCCAGAGCCUGGAACAGCGGCAGCGGCAGCACGACAUCCAGACUCUCCGCACGGAGGACAGCGUUAUAUCAACACACAGCGACGAAGGCGAACACACUGGCGAUCGGAACGGUACUGGCAACGGCGCCGACGGCUUUGGCGGGCCAUCGUCUGCUUCUGUGCUGGUCUUCCACGCCGAGCUGCCUUCGACCACUGUCUUUCCUGGGCUACCGUUUCCAUCCUGCCUACGCUUCCGUUUCGUAGACGAACCUGGCAAGACCUUCGACCUCAUCACCACCGCUCUUCAUACAAAACGGGCUCGACUCAUGCAGUCUCCGAAUCAGCGAUGUUGGAACGUGUACGUCCGAGAGACCGGGGAGAUCGCCACAGCCAAGCCGCACGCUGUUGCCGAAGACGACGACGACGACGACGACGACGACGACGACGAUGGCGACAACGACGACGACGACGAUACACUGCGGCACGCGAGGGACACCAAGAACGACGCCAACGCAGGUGACAGCAUGUGGUGCAGUGUCCGUAACGAGGUUUCCCGCGGCCCGCGCCAUCUCGGUGGACCGCGCCAUGCGAGUGGUCAGCGUCGAGGAGUCCUGAAUGACGGCUGCGAGUUCCUCGGCGGCCGCAGCUGCUGGUGCACGAACAUCCACGCGGCAUAUGACGUCCGCUGUAUACAUGAUACCACAGGCGUCGAAGAGCCGCUUUAACGGCACUUCACCAUGGGCUCGUUUACCUCGUCGACGCCUCAGGUACAAAGUCGAACUACAGAGGUACCAUAAGCUUCCGCAGGAGGGCGCUUACGUCAACUUGGCCGUAUGAAUCCGCUUGGCCAAGAUGUACCAGGCUCUAAAUCACGGAUGUAUUCUAGUUGACGCAUAUGGAGCCAAGCAAUCGACAAAGAUGCUCCGACAUUUCUAAAGUUUAUAGUUUAGGGAAGGCUGACAAUUUUAUGUAGACUAAUAAAUGAUAUUUUUCG